AUGGCCGCCAUCCCCCCUUCCCUGACGAACUAUCCCCCAAGUCACACUUCGUCCCCGUCCCGACAUCUCUCCCAAUACUCGGUCUCCUCAUCUGCCACAACGAUCGCGGUUGAUCGAACCGAUCGCCCUCCCUCAGGCACACCCACCUCCAUAACCUCGACUUCCACGCUACGCUACCCGUCCACCAGGAAGACCAUCUACGACCGCAACCUCAACCGCUCGCGCAAUGCCGAACUGUCGCGAUCCAGCUUCGCCUACGUCUUCAUGGAGAUGGUCUCGUACGCGCACAAGAGAGUCAAAGGCAUCCAGGACUUCGAGAAAAGAUUGAACGAGCAGGGCUACCCGUUGGGCGUCAAGCUGCUGGACCUCCUGCUUUACAGAGCCACACCGAUGGGCGGGUCGAGUAGCAGUGGAGGAGGGAGCAGCGGAAGCUCCCGUGCGGAUUCCAAUCGACCGCUAAGGCUGUUGCCGUUGUUGAACCUGCUGACGACGAAGCUUUACCCCUUGUUGUUCUCGCGGCCUGCGGAUAGUCUGGAGCAAAGCACGACGAACGCCGGCGAGUACAUGAUCAUUGACAAUACGCCGUUGACGAACCAGUAUAUCUCGGUACCCAAGGAGAUGAAUCAGUUGGCCGUUGCGGCGUAUAUUGCGGGCAUCAUCGAGGGGAUAUGCGAUUCCGCGGGGUUUGCGUGCAAGGCCAGUGCGCAUAAUACCGGUACGGACGUGUGGCCUAAUCGGACGGUGUUUCUUAUCAAAUUCGAGGAAUCUGUGCUCGAGCGGGAGAGGGAGUUGGAAAGGCAGGGUGUCAAGUGA